CAUUGUACUAGCGGCCAUGUUUCGGUAUAUUUUACGUAUUUAGUGCCUAAUUAUUAUUGUUUAUUGGAUAUAUGAUAUUCAAGUGCUUCGAUUACUGAUUUACAAAAAUGAAGAAAAACAUUAUUUUUGAUAUUAUUCUAGUCAUAUUAACAGUUUCACAAGUUUCGGCACAAAAUUUUCCAAUAUGUAAAUCGAAUGGUGUGACGUUGAAUGUUAGUGAAGCCGAACCGUUGGAUCACAUGGUGUAUGACCUAGGAUGCACUGACCCCGAUGGAGAUAAAUUAACGUAUUUCCUAGAAUCCAAGGGAAAUACUUAUAAAAAAUUUAAAAUAACACAAACUGGUGAAAUUAGGCUGGCUAAGACUCUCAAUGCUGAUUUUACAUUUAAAUACAAUCUCCAUGUCACUGUAACAGAUGAUAGUGCCAGUGCAUUUAGUACAAAAGUUCUUAUUGGAAUUUUUGUGUCUAAUGUAAAUGACAAUAGCCCAGUUAUCAAGGAUCUGCCUACUUCUAUUAAUUUAUAUGAAGAUCAACCCAUCGGGACAAAAAUCGCAAAAUGUUCAGUUAAAGAUAAAGACUCCAAAAAUGGUGCCCUUCCUGGACAAACUCGUGUUGGUAUUAUCAAACCAUACUCAGCGGGUGCCAGAAGAUGGGUUAUUGAUUCAGAAACUUGUGAUAUUUAUGUCAACACAUUACUUGACUAUGAAAAGCACAAGAUGUAUGCAAUUGGUAUUAUAGCCUAUGAUUUAGACCCCAAGGCACCGAGGACAGUAACACAAAGUAUGACAAUUAAUGUUUUGGAUGUCAAUGACAAUUUUCCAGAUUGUAUCAAUCAUUAUAAAUUGGAAUCGAUUCAAGAAGACCUUCCGACAAAUAAAGAUAUAUCAACCUUAUCUUGCACUGAUCUUGAUUCUGGUCAAAAUAAGCUUAUAUUCUUUAAAUUAUCAGAUGGAAACACUCAAGCUAUAAAAGAAAUUUUCGAGGUUACAAUAAAUGCUGGACAACUUCGACUAAUCAAGCAAGUGGAUUACGAAACGGCACCAUUUUAUGAAGUAAAUAUAGAUGUUUAUGAUGGCGGAAAACCCUCUCUUACUACUACUGUUAUUAUUGGUGUUGUUGUUACUGAUGUUGAUGAUAAUAUACCAGAAUGGCCUGUUGACCCAAUCCAAGGAACUGUACAAGAAACGGAACCACUUGGUAACGUAUUGUUUGCUUUGACGGCCACAGAUCGCGAUGAACCUAACACUCCAGCAUCCACUAUAAAGUAUGGACUUGUGACAAAAGCUGAUCCAGACUGGUUUGAUAUCGAUCCUGAAACAGGUGCUAUCUUUGUGACGAGUAUUAUGAACUGGCUAGUCGCACCUUCAGUGUCAUUUGAAGUUUAUGCAUAUUCAUCUGAUAAAAUUACCGCUACAAAUACUGCAAGAGUUAAUAUUACACUUAUUGAUAAGAAUAAUGUAGCGCCAACCUUUGACCAGGUGUUUUAUCAGGGAAAUGUUUCCGAGGAUUCUGAGAUUGAUACGGUUAUUUUAACGGUCAGUGCCACAGAUCCCGAAAACGGAUUAAAUGGGGAAGUUACAUACAGUAUAGAUUCCCCAUAUUUCAAAGUCAAUGCAGAUACUGGAGUAGUUUCGGUCAAACAAAAAGUGGAUUUCGAACAGAAUACAGUUUUUUCUUUAAACAUUAAAGCAAGCGACAAGGGAGAACCAACACAAUCUGGUUAUGCCUUUCUUCUUAUUAAUGUGAUACCUGUAAAUGAAUUUACGCCAGUUAUUAAUGUGCCUGAUGAUGGCAUAAGCAUAAAAGAAGACACUGAACCAGGUACCAUUCUCUUUAAUUUCACUGCAACUGAUGGAGAUGCUGGGUUUGAUGGUGAAGUCACGUUCUCCAUAGUCGAUCCACUUCAACCGUUUACAAUUGAACCAAUAACAGGGGUGUUUCGAAUCGGAAGUUCCUUGGAUAGAGAAGAUAAACCAAGAUGGGAAAUAAUUGUGAUUGCUAGAGAUAACCCAGAAAACCUUUUAUUUCAAAAGAGUGUGACGACAACUGUAACCGUUAUUCUAGAGGAUGUUAAUGAUAACAACCCAAUCUGUGAACCUCUUUCAAACGUCGUCGUAAAAUUACCCCAUGAAAUUGGUGCAAAACUUGCUACAAUUGAUUGUACGGAUGCCGAUGAAGGCAUCAAUUCAGAAUUUGAAUACAUUGCCCUUUCUGGUGACCCUACAAGUACCUUCAAAGUAGAUCAGAACAAAGGGGACAUUACGCUUAUCGGUCCACCUACUAAAACUGAAUACACACUAACUCUCGAAAUUCAAGAUAAAGGAGAUCCGAAGCGUGUAGUGAAGAUUGUGUUCAACAUUAUUGCUGAACUUCAAUUCAAUUUUACAAAUCUUCCAGCAACAGUGAAUAUAUCAGAAAACACAGCCUUGGCGGUUCAACUGUAUAACGCAAAGGCUUGCUGUGUGUUUGGCUUCAUAGACUACCAACUUAUCUCCGGUAAUGAUAAUAAUCAUGUGUUACUUGAUCCGUCAUCUGGAAAAAUAAUCUUAGUGAACAGUUUUGAUCGUGAAGCUAAGUCAAGCUUUGUGUAUAAUAUCCGGGCGACUUCUUCUGAUACAAAUUCAGUAACAAAUGCGUCACUGACAAUCCUAGUAGAAGAUUUUAAUGAUAUUGUUCCGACAUUUUCAACAAGUUUUCUUUACAUAGAAGUUGUAGAAAAUCUGGCCAAUAGUACUUUUAUAAUAUCUCUGCCGGCUGUGGAUGGUGACUUAGCAGAAAACGGAGAACUUGUGUACAGCAUCACAGAUAGUUCGAAUUUAGGAAGUCACUUCGUUAUAGAUCAGGUCGGAAACCUUGCUCUCAAUAAAGCUCUUGAUGCCGAAACAACAUCUCUGUAUACCUUGGAGAUACUAGCUGCGGACAAGGGGGCAACUUCGCUAACAGGAAGUACCACAGUUAUUAUUGGAGUAAGAAAUGUGAAUGAAUUUAUGCCAGAAAUCGUGAACGUCACAGAUGGCUUUGUUCUAUCAAAUGUUCCAGAGGAUAAAGCCUUAGGGGCUCCCGUAUUCAAACUUCUAGCAGAAGAUAAAGAUAUUGACACAGUGUUCACUUAUACCAUAACACAGGGAAAUGAGGAACAGACAUUUGUAAUGGAUGGUAGUAGUGGUGAUAUAUAUCUAGCUAAACUUUUGGACAGAGAAAAUAUUGACCAAUACAACCUAACGGUAAACGUAGAAGCACAAAAUGAAAGUGUUUCCGCUGUUGUGAUUGUGGAUAUUUUAGAUGUAAAUGAUAAUGAUCCCAAAUUCGACAAGGAAGCAUAUAAAAGUGAGGUAACCCACGACGAUGAAGCUAACAAAUCUGUGUUAUCCUUUGUGAUUACUGAUGCCGAUAUUGGGAGAAACGGGGAUAUUUCCACGAUACAAAUCACCGAUGGAGAUCCUGAAAACUAUUUUAAAAUUGUAAAUAAUACAGUAGAAACUAAUAAACAGGUUGAUUACUUCGUCAGAAGAAUUUAUUCACUGACCCUGGCUGCUACUGAUGGUGGAAAUCAGUCAAGAUCUGGUUUUACCCGAGUGAUUAUAGAGGUUCGUCCCAAAUUUAAACCACCACAAUUCCCUACAAAUGAAACUGACUAUACAGUUUCUGUUGUUGAAACGACUGUCGCAGGUACCACUGCCUUCGAUGUUAGUGCUACAGCAGCUGGUGCUAAGGAAGGAAACUUUGGUACUCUGAAAUACAGUAUACGCAGUGGCAAUACGGAAAAUAAGUUCUAUAUAUCGGACUCCGAUGGUACUAUUGGUAUAGGGGCUGAUCUGGACUUUGAAACCACUAACCAAUAUAUUAUGAUUAUUGAUGCACGAAGUAAAGAAAACCCAGCUCUAUCCGCUAGCACAACAGUAACAGUUAACAUAGUUAAUGUCAAUGAACACGCACCAACGUUUUCAAAAGCGUUUUAUAGUCUCAGUGUUAGUGAAAGUGUGGUGACUCCCUUUGAACUAAUUAAAUUUAACGCUACUGAUUUGGAUGGAGAGCCAUUUGGAAUUAUGAGCUAUAGUUUAGGCGUUACAACUGGUUCGUCUGAUUUCAAAAUAAACAGAGAUGGAAUGUUGAUAGUGGACAAGAAAUUGGAUUACAGAAGGCAGAGUGUAUACAAUAUCCCGGUUAUUGCUAAAGACAUCGUUCUUGAAGGGAAAGCACUGGUUGUUAUUUUUGUUGAAGAUGUCAAUGAUAAUGCACCUAAGUUUACCCCAGGUACUAUUACCGUGGGUGUGGCAGAGACCAUGCCCCAAGGCCAAACAUUUUAUACAGUAAAGGCAAUUGACUUAGAUACGGGGAUCAAUGGACAAAUAAUGUACAUGUUACAGCCGACCACAUCUGAAUUUAUUCUAGAUUCAAUUACAGGAUCUCUGAUCGUCAAUACAGAAUUAGAUAGAGAGACUAAAGAUAGUUACAGUCUUGUUAUAAUAGCUGUAGAUAAUGCUACAACCAGUGCCAUGACAGGGACAUUAUCGAUGACUGUUAAUGUUACCGAUGUCAACGACCAAUUCCCCUUAUUUCCCAACCCAACAUCAGAAGUGAUAGUAAAUCGUGGUGAUGCUCCAGGUACUACUGUCCUGACUGUUACAGCAACUGAUGAUGAUAUUGGAGAAAAUGCCGCUAUCGAAUAUGAAAUCACAGAUGGUAAUACUGACGACCUUUUCCUAGUUGGAGUUACAACGGGAGAAAUUAUAACUUCGUCGAGUCUUUCGGCAGCAAAUAAUGAAUACACAUUGAGAAUCACUGCCAUAGACAAGGGCAUUCCCCCACUAUCGACAACGAUGGCUUUAACCGUUCAAAUUAAUCCACCCAUUAUAACUGGUUCUAGUGCACAGAACAUGUCAUUUCAAGAAAAUCUUCCCCCUGGUGUUGUUGAUAUGGUUACUCCUCGUGAUGGACAUGCGCCAACCGACGCAGUGCAGUUCAAAAUCAACGGAGGUAAUUUUGGGAAUAGUUUCGAAAUUGACAAAAAGACGGGGAGGAUAUCCACUCUUGUAGAUUUAGACAGAGAAAAAUAUCCUAAAUAUAACUUGAAGAUUGAUAUAUCUGAUAAUAAUAAUAUCUCGUACACUAAGCAAGUAACAAUAGAUGUUCUAGAUGAAAAUGAUAACACACCUAAAAUAACAACUUUAGAUACCGAUAUUACUGUAGUUGAGAAUACUCCUGCUGGCCAAAUUGUAACCAGAUUCACUGUCACGGAUGACGAUAUUGGAAAUAAUGGUGAGGUAGAUUUGAAGAUAGCAGAUACUGCUAAUGCCGCUGCUAAGAAAUAUUUCGAAAUCAGUGGCAUGUUUCUGAAAAUAAAAGAACCUCUAGAUUAUGAAGUCACGAAAUUUGUGCCCAUAGACAUUGAGGCUGUAGACGGUGGUAACCCAAUGAAGACCAGUUCUAUCCAAAUAUUCGUAACCGUGAUUGAUGUGUCAGAUAAUACCAUUAUUGAAUCACAAGGUGAAGCUCCCUUGGUUUACAUUACAACAGAAACAUCGUCUAGUUCAGUUCUUGGAGAAUCCGUCAUAACACUGACGUCGACGGAUCUAAAUCUCGACCAAACAUCGGGGACGUUAACUUUUGCAAGCGUCAAUAGUCAGGGAAUCUUCAGCAUCAAUUCAUUUGGUAGCGUUACAGUUACGAAACCAGACCUAUUACAGCCAGAAGAAAUAUAUUUCUUCUGGUUUGUGGCUUCCUAUGACAAUGGCGUUAAUGUAACUAAUGUUCUGAGUUUAUUAAGGAUAGAUACAUUUAAUCCAAACCGUCACCUUGUGUCUCUAGAAUCACCAUCUACAGUCCAGGAGCUGGAACCCUUCAAAGAUGAAUUAGCUAAUAGCCUAGGAAAUAUUUACCCAUUGCCGAAUGUGGCUAAAGCAUGGAAAAUUCAGGAGUAUGGAACAACUUCUAGGCGUCGAUUAUUAGCAGACUUAAGAUCUGAAACUUUAGUGUACGGUAUUAAAGCACCAAUACCCAAUGAUAUUGGACAAUUCAAAAUCAAAAAGAAUUUUGUAGAUUCCGAUGAACUAGCUACACUUUUAAGAAUGGUUCCAGAUCAACAUGAACCGACCCCAGGCCUCCCAACAAGUAAUUAUCCUAUUCAAUCUGUAAACGUAUAUUCAAUACCAACACCACCUGAGUCCUCUGGGUCAUCUCAAACAUUUACAUCCUCGACAGAUGGUUAUAUAGUCUUCGCUCUUCUAAUUUUACUACUACUUGUGAUUCUCAUCCUAUUGCUCGUGUUCUGUUGCUAUAAAAAGAAGAAAAGAGAACAGAGAAGGAUUGGUGAUUCUGUUGAAAGCUUGGUUUCACAAGACACAAGGCAGAAGCAUGUAGAAGUUAAAAAACCGGAAAAAUCUGGUAAAGCUAAGUUUAGUGGAUUUUCGGCAGCAGAAUUCGGAGAUGAUAUCCCAACAAACAAAACCACGAGGAGAACUUCUCAAGCUCCAUCAAGCACCUACUUACCAAGCAUUAGUGGAAACAAUAGAGGAUCUACAAGUGCUACGGUUCUGGCUGCUCAGUUAUCACCUAUGAUGACACCAGUGCAGAAUCCACAACGACAACCAGACGGCCUCGCAGAACCUCUUGAACAAUCACACAAGCGACCAAAACUGAAGCCGAUUGAGAAGAGGGUACUUUCUGUACCCCAACCAGUAGAUGAAAGGAAAGCUAGUACGAUAGAUUUAAGUAAGCUAGGUGUUGAUGAUGAUGGUCAACCCGGCGGUGAAACACAUAUUAUUAGUAGAAGAGCAGAUGGUCCUGUUAUACAUCGUGGUAAAGAAUAUGAUGGAGUUGGUUUUGAUGCAGAAAAACAUCAGCGUUAUGCAUAUAACACUAGAACAGGCAGUACUUUAUGGGAAGACAAAGGUCACAAUUUUGGCAAAGGCACAGGUGUGGCUAAGGGAAAGAAAAAGGCCACGCCCAUGCUUACUGUAGUAACAGAAGCAAAAACUGAUUUUCGACCAAACCUUAAUAUGAAUCGUUCAAUUCAGAUUGUAUCGCCUGACAAUAACAAUUCGGAGUUCGAUGGUGUACAUAUGUAAAUGUGUAAAUCUGAAUCCAUACCCUUGUGUCAAUUUCAAUAUGUUAAGAUAAUGUAUUCUAAUAAUAAUUUUGGAUUAACCCAACAAUGGGCGAUAUAACUGAUAUUUACUUCGUAAUUUUCAGUUUUGGGGAAGUAUAUUUAUAUUAUAACUAUAUUAAUUGUUUUAGAACUUCGAGAGAAAAUAAGUCACUUUCAAUAUUAAGGAUAAACUGUGCGAUAAAAACUAUCCUUUUCUCCUCAUUUGAAGAUGAUAUGUUGAGUUUUUUGAUAAAUCAGAUUUUAUUUAUUCUGUGUAAAAUGAUUUAUUUAAAAUGCAAAUCUAAAAAUGGAAUAUCCAUUAAAUUGACUAUCAAAAACGGAGACAGGUCAGAAAUAUGUAUGUGAUUUCUUAAUUUACUUAUACAUUGUACAUAGUAUUAUACCUAAUAAGAAAGGGCUAAUUCAUGAUUUGGGGUCAUUACACCUGUAUGUAUUUUGUUUACGCGGAUUAUAGGACAAUGAAAUCAAUCUGGUCACAAAAAUGUAAAUAUGACCAUAAAUGCUAUACAUAUAUUGAUAUGAAGUUGUUUUCGACACGAUAUAUUAUUUUCUGCGGUAAAGGAAAUGUCUAUAUUUGUUAUUUCUUUCACCGCAUGUGUUUUAAUGUUAUUCUGGGAAAGGUCAAGCAAGGUGUUGUACUGUAGCCGUUCUUAUAUUCUUAUUGUUUGUUAAUAACAUAUGUAUUAUUAUAAUUUUCUAUAUUCUACAUUCAUGAGAUGAAAUAACAGUCGAUAGAUAGCGAAUACUACGAAGAAUAUUGAUAUUAAGACCCGGACUCUGUUGAUAAAUUUUUAUUUAAAUAUUUUACGGAUUCGAGUAGAUAUUGGCCUGAUUAACGAAAUGUAUUCUCUAAACAUAUGAGGGGUUGGGCCGAGUCGAAGGGCGGUUUAAAAAAUGAUUUUUGUAAUUUAUUUACUAUAUAUGAAAAUGCUCAUGUUAUAUUUAAAUUGUAGUCAUUUAAAAUACAUAGUGCCAAAUGUUAUGACAAUAAACGUAUGUUUUUGUACUGAAAA